GCCGUCCCGCCGCCGCCGUCCGUUCCCCGCCGCCCCCUCGGCCGGCCGCGCACCGAGCGCGGUGCCGCCAUGGCGCUGGAAGCGGAGGCGGCCGGGGCUGCCCUCGGCUCCUUCCUCAGGGAUUUCCCGUCCGCGCUGGGCCCGGCGGAGCCGCUGCCGUGGAGCUCGGCGGGGAGCGGCGCCCUGAGCGAGGCCGAGGCGCCGGGAGCGCUGGGCGAGUUGGCGAGGAACCUCCUGGGCAGCAGCAGAGGUGUGUCACCAUUCCUUGCAGCAUCACUGAUCCACGCUGCAGUUGAUGAAGUUCUCCAAAUAGACUUGACUGAAUUUAAGAAGGAAAUUGUGGAAAGACAGGGAGAAGGAGAUGAGGAAAGGUUCACCUUGCUGGAUGGAGAGUCGCUGCAGCGCUGCUUCUUUAACAAGCUUCGGGAUGUCUGCUUUGAAUGGCAGAAGCAGUUGCCUCCACUGAGACCACUGAAGCGUUUCCUGCUUGUUUCCAUCCAUGCCAUCCGUAACACUCGACGGAAAAUGGAGGACCGCCAUGUUAUCCUCACAGAGUUCAACCAGCUGUUUGGCUUAGCAGAUGACAUCGAUCGUGCUUACUUUGCAGUAUUUGAUGGCCAUGGUGGAGUGGAUGCUGCCAAUUAUUCAGCAACUCAUUUACAUGUAAAUGUGGGGCUACACGAAGAGAUCGUUAAGAAUCCAGCUAAGGCCUUGAAAUGCUCUUUCCAGAAGACAGAUGAAAUGUUUCUUUUCAAAGCCAAAAGAGAGAGGCUGCGGAGUGGUACAACAGGUGUAUCUGCACUGAUUGUAGGGAACAAGCUACACAUAGCAUGGCUAGGGGACUCGCAGGUAAUGCUUGUGCAGCAAGGAAAUGCUGUGACGUUAAUGGAACCUCACAAACCAGAGAGAGAAGAUGAGAGAGCACGUAUUGAGGCUCUGGGUGGAUGUGUGACCUACAUGGACUGCUGGCGGGUUAAUGGCACUCUGGCUGUUUCCAGAGCUAUUGGUGAUGUGUGUCAAAAGCCUUACAUCUCUGGUGAUGCAGAUGGAGAUUCGUUUGACCUGACUGGUUCUGAAGAUUACUUGCUCCUAGCCUGUGAUGGAUUCUUUGAUGCUGUCAAGCCAUUUGAGGUUGUAGACUUAGUCCUAGAUCAUUUAAUGCAAACCAAAGGAGUGGGUCUCAAAGCAGCAGAAAGACUGGUGGCUGCUGCGAAGGAAAAUGGAUCCAGUGACAACAUUACUGUUUUAGUGGUGUUCUUGAGGGAUCCACAGGACAUCUUGGCAGACCAUCUCAGAGACACAAAGAGCCUUGAGUCUGGGGAUGAUGCUCGGAGCUCACCCUUUAAUUUCCUCAGCUGUGAGGCAGCAGCCACACAGUGACAAAGUCUGCUUAAUCCAGAAGGUUUAAAUGUUUGUUUAAGGAACUGCUUUCCACUGAAGUAAGCCUCUAAUACAAUAGGCAAAAUGUGUCAGGAAAAAUGACAAAUGGGCAAACACUUAACAAAAAGGAAAAUCUUAUUUUACUGAGUUCCCAUUUGUAUUUUCUCUCUCUUCCCCUCUGUUCAAAAAACACUGGAGAGGCACGGAGAUUCGUACAGCUCUUCUGUCCAUGGGAGUGGAAUUCAAAAACACACCCCAGGACUGCUGUCAUAUCCCUCUGCCCUGGGUGGGGAUGGUAGAAAAUGUAUGAAUAAGCUAGUGGGUGAGAGCACCCGUUUGUGAAUUCUGAGUGAAAGUUUGAAGUAAUGCUUCAAAAGAUUGCUGCAUGUUAUGUUUGUGACAUUACCUUGGGAACUGGGAGUAGAGAAGCUGUCACUAUCAAAGGAAGGGCUGUUACUUUGUGUAGUCUGUAGGAACAGUCUUGAUAAGGCACCAUUAUGCUGUGUAAGUUACUUCUGUUUUGUACCAAAGAUGAUGUUAACAGAAUGAUAUUGCCUUUUUCAUCAAGCAGAGACAUUUAAUUUUGUGUGUAUGGAGAAGGGAAAAUGAAACUGAAUGCUCCAGUGACAGAGCAAAAAAGCAACAUCCCAAGCUACUUUCUGGGAUGCUACGGUUAAUAAACUGGAAUCCAGUAUUUAACUGCACUGGAUUAUUUCUUGCAAACGUGUUUUAUUGGCUGUCCAUCAGCCUGGAAAGAAAGAAACUGUAUUGCUGUAUUUGAGCGAGAUGCUUAUAAUGUGUGUAUGCUGCAGCUGUUAAGUAUGUUUCGUUUCUACCAUUUUUUUGUGUACUAUAACAAAUGUGAUUUUUAUUUUAGCUUCUGAAACUUGCAGUUGGAGGAUUUUUGUUUUUCUUUGCAGUGUUACUUUAUUUUGUUGUGGUUUACUUAAAUUAGGAUUUUAAUGUGGUAUCUCUAUUACCUGGUUUUAAAAACUGACUGUCCUCAAGUGCCUUAAAUAUUUCCCACAAGGAUUACUGGCUUCUUUCAUACUCUGAUGAGCCGGUUUAUAGUGUUUUUAAAAUGUGAGUUUAUUUCAUUAAUAUUAAUGUGUGAUGCACUUAACUCUCACUUUGAUUAAUGAUUUUAGUGGAAACUGGGUUUCAAGAAAACAUCUCGUUUGUUGUUGCCAAAUUGCAUAACACGUGGCAUAAGCUUCACAAUACUUACUGUGACUUACCUCUGCCCCAUGCAUAAAGCUCUACCUGGGUAAUCAUGAAGUAAUAAUCUGAUCUAUAUUGGACUUCCACAAGAAAAUUUAGUAACGUAAACUAGAGACAGUAAUAGUUUUUGGUUACUAAUGAUUAAUUUUGCCAUACUUCUUGGACUUUGGGGAUCUGAGUAACUUUUUUAGGAGAUGUGAGGCUAAGGUAACAAUGAAAGAGUCCUUAAUGAAUGUGCCUUUUGUUUUGCAACUGUUAGAUCCCUUAUGCUCUAGAGCCCCUGGCCAUGUUUCCUCCUGCUUUGCUGGCCUGACUGGGAGAACUCAACAAGAUCUGAAGGCUCAAUGGCAAAUGUGUUAGUAAUUUCUGUACCUAAACAAGAAGUGCUUUACAUCUGGCAGCAAGAUUGUAUGCCUAAUUUACAAGCACGUGAUGUUGCAAUAUGUCAGUCCUGUGGCUCAAAAUGUGUUGAAAAGUUAUGUCUCUAUGGGAGGAAAUUUUAGAUAGAAGAGUUGGGGUGACUGAACAAAGGCAAGAACAGCAGAGCUGUUUCUGUCUGUGCUGUCUCUGCACCAUCAGCUGGUGUGAGCAGUGCAGUCCUUGGAGUGACUGGAGCCUUUGUCUGGUUAUUAGGGAUGAUCAUAGAGUUUAACACAGUAACUCUUCUGUGAGCUGCCCUCUCCUGUAGCAACUCAGGCAAUUACUUUGUUGUUUUGCUGGGCAACAACAGUAACUUUUCACUAACAAAGUUGUAACCACUUUCCAGCCUAUGUUUUACUGACAUAAAAAAUGUGAAAGCUUUCUGUGAGGGUAACCUAGUAGGUAGGUGUUAAUUUUUGUAUGAGCCUGCUUCAGUUCAGGGAGCAUUUAGACUUGCAUAAUAUAAUCCCUUUGGAUUUGCUAUCUCCCAUCACUAUGAUUUCUAACCUAGAUGUUCAGAGUCAUGAUAAAUUCUGAUGACCACUAGUGCCUCUUGGAAACAAAGUUCUUGUUGGCAUAGAAAGAACAAUUCAGCGUUGUUUGAUUUCAUAGAUGGUGAGGAGGAAGCUGUUGUAUUCAUGAAGGAGGUUUGACAUUUUGCUAAGUCCAUAGUGUGGUUCACUCUCUGAAAUUGGUCAAGUUUCCGAUAGUACCCAUCUGCUACACAAACCUUUCUUAUCAUCCCUCUCCAAAAUCCCUGGAUUUCAGGUGGUGGAUCUGCUCUGCUUUUUUGUUUUAUUUUUGUUGACUUUAUUGGUUUCAACAGUAUAAAAGUAUCAUGUAAUUUAGGUGAGGGAAUGAUCUCCCCUCUCUAGGCCUUACCAGUGCCCUCAACAAUACUACAGUGUAUUAAUGCAUGUCCAUCAGUGUCCAGCUGACAAUUUGCCUUUUUGUUUUCUGAUGAACGUGCAUCAUAACCAAUGCUUGUGUCUUGCCACCAUCUCUGAAGCUGUAGAAAUUGGCUGAAACAUUUGAGAUAGGCGUUCAAUGAAAAAUUGUUUUCAUGUUUCACUAGAUUCCAGUUGGAUGUCGGCUGCAUUAGUAGCACCCAGCAUUAGAAUGUUGCCCCUUAGAGAAGCCAGAAUCUUUGAAACACAGCAUGCUUAAAUUCUCACAUUUUGCUGAUUGAAAAGUAGCUUUAGCCAUCCUGCUCAGUGGGUAUACGAUGCUUCGUUUGAUUAUGGGUAAUUCACACUUGUACCUUUUUUUCCUUUCCUGCCUUGCCCUCCCUGGCAAGGAAAUGUACCUGGGAUAGUGAAAUCUUGGUCUGACGCAGCUCAGAUUACAAUUUUAAAGAUUAUUUUCUUUUUUUUUUUUUUCCUUUUUUUUUCCCCCUCCUAAUACAGAAGAUAGAAAGGCAGGAAAAUUUUUGGAACAGAAGGAGAUUAAAUAAAAUCCACCCUGUAAGUGAUGGAGGAGUGAAAAAGAGAGAGGAAUGCAUUUAAGUAUUAUUAAUGCCUAUUUUAAAAAGGAAGUGGGCUGGAAUAUAGAGCCACAGACGUGAGUUCUUCUUUAGCAUGAAGUACCAGUGCUUGAAAGAAUUAGAAACACACCCAUUAAAAAGGCAAAACUGAGAUCUGGGAGCUCUGUCUUCAAACAGUCAAGGAAGGGAUCACAGUAAAAGCAUCCAGAGUGACUUGAUCUGACCCCUCGGUGCUAUCUUGGAAGUUAAUGCCACCAAAUGGAUUUUUAAGAUGUCUUUACAUGUGAAGUACUGCUAAGAGGGAGCACUGGGUGCAUUCAGUCGCUGGUUACUGCAGCUGCUGACAUGAGUAACGUGAAAUGUGCUAACGAAGUGAUGCUGCUGGUGAGCUCUCAUAGGAUGAGUAAUUGGGCAGAGUGGUUAUAGCAGAGCUGGCAAUUGAAUCGUGUUAAUCACAGUGAUGACUUUAAUAGCAUUUAAUAGACGCUUAUCUAAAUUCAAAGUCAGAAGAGAUAUUGCUGUUUUUAAAAGCAUUUCCAGUGCUAUUAGCUUUUUGUCAUGAAAAGCCAUUUAAAUGUCCUUUUUGGUUGUUGUUGAAUAUUUGUAAAAGUGCUUCUCUUGCUUUCUGAAUUCUGGAGAGAAGUUGGCUGUCUGGUAUGGAAAACCUCCUCUCUGUUGACAGCUUAAAGCAGCUGUUUGGGGGUGAAACUUCUGUCCCAGCAGUUCUUUAAAAUCAAACAAAUGUGCUUCCAAAACAAGUGGCUGAGGAACAUGGACAUUUCUAAACAGUGAUGCAGAAGAGACUGUAUCUGUAAGGAACCAGCAAAUGCCUUCCAUUCAGAGUCAGCUAGUUGAGCUGCUUGAAGCCUGAAGUAAGAUUGCAGCUCUAUUCUUUGUUUAAGUGAAUGUUCUUUGGUUGGCUUACCGAGAUUCUCGUGGAUGCACCAGACAUGCUGUACUUCUGUUCUCAUAGAACUGGAGUAUCAAGCAAGCACUUUAAGGAGAAGAUGGGGUGAACGUUAGGCAUAAUGGAGCAGAUUGCAUAGGAUUCAUGUGUAAUAUAGCUCUAGUUAAGCCUGAAUUAAAUUUCUCUGCUUAGUUCUGCUACUGUCCCUUGUACAAUUGGGUCUGUGGUGUCAGACAAAAUCCCACUGGGAAGUAAUGGUCUGAUUCCCUUACUGGGGGAGCAGACAACUACUGAUAACCAGAAUGUGUUUCUGGAAGGGCUGGAAAGGGAGAAGAGCUUUGAAAUAAGUGCUAAACUUCCUCAUCUACACCAUCUGUGUAUUCUUUCUAAACAAGUUUAUGGCAUGUCUGCAGUUGUGCUGAAAAACAAUUCAUUUUUUUUUUUGCCGAGCUCAUCACAGGCUUUGAAAGUUACAGCACUAAAUCCAUGAGGCUGGUCCUUCCUGCUUCCCUGAAUCCAACCACCAGAACAGCCUGCCCUUUUGUGGGACUGUUCCAUAGCUCUAAGAGCUGAACCUGCUGUUUAGUGCAUAAGUUCUAUUUGUUUCUUAUGUGUAUUCAUUGGAUUUUACUGUAGGUAAUUAUUUCUGUUGAUUUCAGCCACGUCAGCUGAAACAUAAUCAAAUGGAAACAUCUGAACACAUAUCUGUCGUAGACGCUUCUCAAAAUAUCUUAAAAUAAGCUGAUAGACUCUUGUCACAACCUUCUAUCUCCAAACAAAACAGGAAGCCAAAACCUUACAGAGAAAUGCUUACGCCUUUGUUGUGUGACCCUGCUGAGCUGGGGCCUGAACAGGCCUGAGCCGUCCCCUUGAGUUUCUCAGUGUUGGUAGUUCAGCAUGUUUUCCAAGCAGUGAGUGCUGCUGCUGGUAACAGACACAAAAAUAAAGAGAAGGCAGCUGUGUUGGCAGCACAGAAGAUCUUGCAAGGUGCACCUUUUGUCACAUGGGAGAAAAUCAAUAGGGAAAUAAAUGUUUUCAAGCUUCUUGGAAUGCAAACAGUGCAAUAACAACCUAAAAGAGUUUGCAGUGGACUGUCAGCUUAAAACCUCAGCAGAUGGAUUUGGCUGCUUUGUAGUACUUGCUUUAUUUCGUUAACAAACUCAGUCAGGGCUUCAUGUCUUAUGUGCUUUUUAGUCCGAAGAGGGGAAAAAUAUUCAGCUGCUUAGGAAGUUACAUUUUUCUGGGCUUUGUGACUGCUCUAAUGGAGAGAAUAUUCAGUAAUAAUAUUCUAAACGAUUAGCCUGACUACUGAUUCCUAUGAGAUAUGAGUAUAUCAAGUAGUGAACAUAGUAAAGAUAAAAUAUUUCUGGAUAUCCAUGCACAAAAACCCUGAUCUAGCAGAUCACUUCCUGAUUUGUUAUCAUUUGUGCAGCAGUACCUUUGGCACAUGGAGGGUUUGUCACUUUGGCAGAUGGACCUUGAAGGUGUGAUCAUUGAUCCCAAGAGGAAGUGUUUAUCCUUUUAUGUAAGGGAUGACUGUUCCUUUUGGAUGUGUAGAGAUAAGGAGAAACUAGAGAGAUCUUGAGGGGACCUUCUCAGGAAAGUGGGAUACAGCAGCUCAUCUUUCUCUUGUUGCUCUUUCUAAUGUUAAAAGACAUUCUGCUAAGUACUGGGUGAUGAAUACUGCUGUCUUUUUUUCGCACCUUCAGUGUGUUUGAAGCAACAUCCUGUUCCGUAAUAGACAUUUAUUUUGUUGUGGGUUAAAACUUUACACUGACAAAAAAGGAUAUUGCAUUUUUACUUCCUCUUCUGAAAGCCAGUCCUGCUAUCCUCUCUCUUCCCAGUUUUCUUUUUCUUCUACCUUUUGCAGCCUCUUUUGCUGUCAGCCCUCCCACUGCCCUCCACUGCCUUGUCUCCCUCCCCAAAACUUGCUGCUUAAUCAAUAAAUAAUAUUGGCUGUUAAAUCAAUUUGGUUCCUUUUUAUAAUCUUAAUUUCAUCUGUGUUAUAUAGUGAAUGUGGUCUGAUCUUUGGAGGCCUGCAGCACCAAGAGUAUAGAAGGUACCAUGUCAGCUAGGAAGGUAUGAGACUAGAACAACUUGUACUUCUGGCAUUGCCCAGUACUGGCUGGUUAAGAAGAAAGUCCUCCUGUUUGCAUGCUAUUUCCUAGGAAUACUUGAGCUUUUUUUUCAGGUAAGAGUUGCUCUUAUCCCAGAUACGGGGCUUGAGAGACUUUCUAGUCUCUGGUUUCUGUUCCUGCAGACUGUUGGUGUUUUCACCAAUUUACACUGUUUGGAGCAGCCUUCUGAGUUUCUCUUUUUCCUGCCCUAGUUGUCCAAGCAGACAGGCUGGUUAACAGCAGCAUUGCAUGUGGCUGACCAGCUUCUGUCAGUGUACUUCCUCAUCAUCUGCUCUGUUAUAGCUUCAGUCCUUUCCUUAUUUAGAAACUGGACUUCUGUAGCCACUCCUGCUGACACAAAAACAUUUCCUUAUCAGUAUUAAAAUAGUCCAAGAGCAGAACUGUUGCUUUAGGCACAUUUCUUGCCACUGUGUUGGCUCAUGAACCUUGAAUGAAAAUGAAAUGGCCAGUGACUUUGAAGUAGGAGCUGUUAGGCAAGUGUUGUAGAGCUGUAGUCUUUAUUUAUUUUGUAUAUUAAUCUGCACUUGUGACUCAGAGCAGAGAAGCUGCAGCACAGCAGGUUUUAUAAGCUGUGGCUUAACCAGUUUCUAGUAUCUUAGAACUCUUUAUUUAAACUGACUGGUUCUGCACACAGGUCAGAAACCUGUUGUCAUUGAUCAUUACAUGCUGUGCAUAUUGUAUGUUUGUUUAUAUGAAUUGUUCUAAUAGUGCUUGUGUGCAUUAUGCUACAUUACCAUAUUUUAUAUAAAUUUGUAUGUGUGUAUUGCAUGAGGUUUAAUUGUUGGGUUUUUUUGUAUUGUUACUUUUGUAUUCACACAGUGCCUCAUGUAUCUACUUGUAUAUUUCAAGAAACUGCUUCAAAGCAGUGACUGGAAACAAGGAGAAGAACUCCUUGCUGUAGGAUCUGACGUUUCUGAAGUAUUAAUAAAGCAUAAUGAUUUCAA